ACUCCGCACAGCUAAACUGAACCUGGCUGACUUUGUUGCGAAAGUAUGAAUCUGGGAAAUAGUCUGUACGGUGGCUUAAGGGGAACUCCCGAGGGUUUUCACUUGUGUUUAAACCCAGUUUUUUUUUUGUAAAUCGGCGUGGAGUUGAAGUGGAGUCUUCCCGCUGGAGAAAGAUGCAAUCACGGGAAAGGAAAGACGGUAUUCUUGAGAAUAUCACCUUUUAACGGAAAAAAACCAAAAAAGUUGUACACCAACUCCCAUUACUGCCCCCCCUCCCCCCGCAAAAUAACACAAGUGUGAGUGGAUGUUUUCAAUGGCGAUCGUGGAAAAAAAAGGGUAGGACCCGGAAGCAGAAGCAGUAGCUGGGCUCGUUUGGAGCUGUGCCUAUGGGAUUGAAGUCGGUAAUGGAAGAUGUAAAUGUAAGAGAUGGGGGAGAUAUGCUUGCGUGCAGCGAGGAUGAAGAGGCGGCUGGUUGCAGAGAGGAGAUAGAACGUUGCCCGGAUGGGAUUGGAAUGGAGAAUGUUACAGCUGGCUCCCAGGACAAUGGGCAGUGUUCCACCCGGCUCACGCCUGCCACUCAACCCUGGCACCAGCAGCACGUUUACUGCACCGUGUAUUAUGUGGAGAAUGAGAACUACCACAACUCAACGCUGGAAGCCGAGACAGGGGAGCAGAGCAACCAGCCGUCUGACUCGGGCCGAACCACACCGACUGAUCCGGGCGGACAGACGGAUCGUGAUACCGCCCCGUCCCUGACACCGGCGAGUUUAGGACCUACCGCUCGGGAACCUUUCAGUAUCUCCCGGCAGGUCGACAUUCAAUCGGAGGGGAACCCUUAUGCUGGAGAGUAUAAACAUUUUGUUAUUUUGACCUGUCGCGUUUGUCUAGAUGACAAACCCAUCCGACCACUUCCAUGUUGCAAGAAGGCUGUUUGCGAGGAGUGUUUGAAGAGGUAUCUCAGUAAUCAGGUGCAGCUGGGAAGAGCAGAGAUAAAAUGCCCCAUUACAGAAUGCAGCAAAUACUUGGAUGAAAGCACUGUCAUCUCCAAUCUGCCUCGUGAUGACAUUGUCAAAUACAGCUACUUUCUGGAGCUCAGCAGGGUGGAUUCAAGCACCAAACCUUGUCCACAAUGCAAACAUUUCACUACUUUCAGACGGAAGAGCAACAUUCCAACACUUACAAAAUCAGAGAACAAGUUCAAAAUUCAGUGUCCUGUGUGCCAAUUUGUUUGGUGCUUUAAGUGUCAUGCGCCUUGGCAUGAAGGACUAAACUGCAAAGAAUACAGAAAGGGAGAUAAGCUCUUGCGUCACUGGGCUAGUGAGAUUGAACACGGACAAAGAAAUGCUCAGAAAUGCCCAAAAUGCAAGAUUCACAUCCAGAGGACGGAAGGCUGUGAUCACAUGAACUGCUCACAGUGCAACACCAACUUUUGCUACCGUUGUGGGGAGACAUACCGGCAGCUUCGUUUCUUUGGCGACCAUACUUCAAACCUAAGUAUUUUUGGAUGCAAGUAUCGCUACCUCCCUGACAGGCCACAUUUACGAAGAUUAGUCCGGGGUUCUGUCUGUGCUGGAAAGUUACUUAUAGCUCCUUUGAUGCUGGUGUUGGUGGUAGUACUAGGAGCCAUAACAUUUGUAGUAGACUCCGACGUGGGAGGCAUGUUCGGGAAAUUUUCUGGGAAGUUGAUCGUAAAGAGGAUGAUUAACAACCGCAAAAUGAUGUAA